CUUCCGGCCCGACCAGGUCCUGGGAGUCCCUGCGUUCGCGGUGGGAGUCCCGCGGCGGUCGGACCCCGCGUGGCCAUGUGGCGGCUGCUGGCUCGUGCUGGGGCGCCGCUCCUGCGAGCGCGGGUGUCAGAUUCUUGGGUCCCGCCCGCCAGCGCUGGCCUCAAGACGCUGCUCCCGGUGCCGACUUUUGAGGAUGUUUCCAUUCCUGAAAAGCCCAAGCUUCGAUUUAUUGAAAGGGUACCACUCGUGCCAAAAGUGAGAAGAGAACCUAAGAACUUGAGGGACAUCCGGGGACCUUCUACUGAAGCUACUGAGUUCACAGAAGGCAGUUUUGCAAUCUUGGCACUGGGUGGUGGUUACCUCCACUGGGGCCAUUUUGAAAUGAUGCGCCUGACGAUCAACCGCUCUAUGGACCCCAAGAACAUGUUUGCUUUAUGGAGAGUACCAGCCCCUUUCAAGCCCAUCACCCGCAAGGGUAUGGGACAGCGCAUGGGGGGAGGCAAAGGUGCCAUUGAUCACUACGUGACUCCCGUGAAGGCUGGCCGUCUCAUAGUAGAAGUGGGUGGGCGUUGUGAAUUCAAAGAGGUACAAGGUUUCCUGGACCAGGUUGCCCACAAGUUGCCCUUCCCAGCAAAGGCCGUGAGCCGUGAGACUCUAGAGAAGAUGCGGAAAGAUCAAGAGGAACGGGAACAGAACAACCAAAACCCCUGGACCUUUGAGCGCAUAGCCACUGCCAACAUGCUUGGGAUACGGAAAGUCCUGAGCCCGUAUGACUUAACCCAGAAGGGGCGGUACUGGGGAAAGUUCUAUAUGCCUGAACGUGUGUAGUGAGAAUGGGAGACACAAAUAUACAAAGGCUACCAAAAGAAAAUCUGCAUUUUUAUUCCCCUCAGCCUACCUUUAACAGUCUGUGGGUGGCACUGAUAAUCUAACCCAGGAGCAGUAUGAGUAAAUGAUUUGUGAAAAAUUAUAGAAUAUCCAUGGAUUUUUUUUAAGUGCAUUAUAUUUAUAUCAAAUAAAGUCUGAAUAUCACCUCA